UUUUUUUUUUUUUUUUUUCUGUGUUUUUAUACGUAUUACUUUUUUUUCCCCACGGAUGAUGUUGAACGAGACAGAGGAGGAUACAACGGAAGAGCUGAGAAAUGUUGAUAAUACAAAUACGAUCACAAACACACAAAGUUGCAACGUGGCGAUUGAAUCGUCACGUAGAUUGUCCUUAGUUGAACGUCUUCAUAAUAAAAUGCAUUUAUAUUUACGUGAAACAAUAUGUUUAUUAAUAUUAAUAUUAUUAAGUAUUGUAUUUGCUGGAUUACACAGUUCACCACCAAGAAUUUCUAGACCACCAAUAGCAAAACCAUUUUUCAAUGAAAAUUCAGUUGUUAUUGAUUUUUACAAAGGACAAAUGAGUUCAAUGAUUGAACAAGCAUCAUUAACUGAUGUUAGUUUUAUCAUGUAUUAUGCACCCUGGGAUGCUGAAUCACAAAUUAUUAGAAAUGAAUUUGAAAUUGUUGCUGAAUAUUAUCAUAAACAGAUAUUUUUUGCAGCAAUAAAUUGUUGGCAUCCUGGUUCAGAAUGUCGUGCACAAUAUAGUAAAAUUCAAAGUUAUCCAGUUUUAGUUGUUUAUCCAUCAAAAGGACCUGGUGUACAAUACAAAGGUAUUAAUACAGCUCCAUAUAUUAUACGUUAUCUUGAUGGUUUUUUAAAUCCAAUACGUAGAAUAUCAACAACAAAAGAUUUAUCAAAUUUAUUACUUGAAUCAGAAUCAGUAUUUGUUGGUUUUAUUGAUUUUAAUGGAUUAUCAACAAGUCCAGGUUAUCGUGAAUUUUAUAAAACAGCAAUUAAAACAUUAGAAAAAGAUCCAAAUAGAGAUACAAUAUUUGCAAUUGUAACUGAUAAACAAACUUCAAUUAGAGAAUUUAAUAUUGAACAAUUUCCAAGUGGUUGUUUAUAUUUAUGGAAUGAAUCACUUAUUUAUCCAAAUGAUAAAUUAUGGACAUCAGUUAAUAUUAUUAAAUGGAUUGAUACAUCACUUCAUAAAGUUAUAACUUGGCUUCAACCACCAGGUAUUAAAUCUUUAACACUUGCACCUUAUUUACAUGAUGGUCCAGUAUUAUUUUUAUUUACACCAAGAAAUCCAUAUUUUAAAAAAAAUUUUAAUUAUAAUUUAAUUAGAGAAAUUGCACUUGAAUAUUAUAAUUGUGAUGAUGAUAUAUGGCCAAAAGGACUUGUUCAAUUAUUAAAAAUAAAACGUCGAAAUAUUAAUCCAAAUAAUUAUGAUAAAAAAAUUAAUGAAUGUAUAAAUUUAUUAUCAAAAAUAAAUGAUAAUAAUGAUGAUGAUGAUUAUCAACAAAAUAUAUUACCAAUACAAAAAUGGAUUAAUGAUAGUUGUUGUUCAAAAAUAUUUAUGAAUAAAUGUUUAUCAUGUGAAAGUACAGGUUCAAUGAUAAAUGACGUUUGUAAAAUUAAAAAAAAUUAUCAAAUUUGUUCGAAAAAUGACGUAUUUAAUAUUAUCAAUAAUGAAAAUAAUAUUAAUAAACAUUAUUGUUGUGAUGAUUAUCAUAAUGAUAAUAUAAAAAAUCAUCAAAAUACAGUGAAUAAUAAAAAGCUAAAAAUAUCAAUGUUACCAAAUGAAAAUGAUACAAAAUCAGCUAUUCAAAUUGAAAAAUAUAAAAUCAAAGAAAAUUGUCAACGUUUGAUAGUUGGUGAUAAUUAUUAUCGUACAAAAUUAACUGAUGAAUCAUUAUUAAAUAAUGAUAAAUUGAAUAUUGAAUUAACAGCAUCAGCAUGUAGUACCAAUAGAUCAUUGGCAUUUAUUGCUGUUGAUAGCCUUCAUUAUUAUCAUUUUGCUGAAGGUCUAGGAAUAGAUAUAUUAAAAAUGAAAGAUAAAACAUCUGUUAUUAUAAUUGAUUCACUUCAAGAAAGUCAAUAUCAAUUAUCAAAAAAUUUAACACGUAAUACAUUAGUUAAAUUUUUAAAUAAUUAUUCAAAUGGUUUAUUAAAAAGAACACUAAGAUCAGAUAGUUCACGUAGAUAUGCUAGAGAUUUUAAAUCAUCUAAAAAAUGUAGUAAUAAUAAUAAUAGUAAUUCAAUGAAUAUUUGUAUUCCUGAGCUAACAACUGAUACAUUUUUACCAACAAUAUUGGAUAAUAAUAAAAAUGUUAUUGUUUUUUAUCAUUCACCAUAUUGUGCAUUUUGUAGUGCAAUAUCAUAUGUUUAUUUAACUGUUGCACAUUAUUUAUCAAGUAUGAAUAAUUUAUAUUUUGUUAGAAUUGAUGGUGAUAAUAAUGAUUUACCAUGGGAAUACAGUAUGAAUCGUUAUCCAUCAAUAUUAUUUUUUCCAGCUAAAAGAAAAGAGGAUAGUACUGUUUAUCCAUUUUCAUUACCAAUAACAAUAUCAAAUUUAUUAAAUUUUAUAUUACAAAAUUUAAACAAUGAUUUACGAAUUGAAGCACUUAUUCAUGUAUGUCAUAAAGGUGCUGGUGUAUCACCAAUAAAUUGUAUACUUAAAAUACGUCAUCUUUGUAUUGAUACAAUACAAAGUUUACUAAUAAAACAUAGAAAAUUAUUACGUUAUAAAUUAACAAAUAAUUUAAUUACAAAAAAACGUAUAAAUUAUAUUAAAUUAGAUUUUAUUAGGGAUAUACAUUUAAUUUUAAAUUCUGUUAAUGAUUUAUCAAAUAAUGAUAAAUAUAAUUUAUUAAUUAAUAAAUUUUCUAAUUAUUAUUCUAAUUUAAAAUCCAUUGAAAGCAAUAAAAAUACAAUUAUUGUUAAAGAUGAAUUAUGAUAAUUGAAUGAAUGAAAAAAAAAAAAAAGUUAAACUAUUAGAUAAAUUUGUAAUAUAUUAAAAUGAUAAAUAUUAUAAAUAAAUAAUUGUACAAAAUUAACAUAAUUAUUUUUAAAAAGCUCAUAAAUAAAUUGACAUUAAAAAAUAAAAAUUUAAAUAUUUAGGUCAUUUAUUUUAAUCUGUAUGAUGAUAUUGUAAAUAUUAUUGUUAAAUUUUAAAAGGAUUUUAACAUUUUAAUCAAAAAUAAAAUAACAACAAGAUAGCGAUGAUGAUAAUAAUAAACAUAAAAAAAACAAACAUGUUAUUUGCGUGUGGGUUUAUUAAAAUGGUCAAUGUAUCGCGUAAUCAAGUAUUAGUCAUUCGCCUUAACCAAGCGAUUUAUUUAUGGGCUGGAUCAUACCUUGACGUAAUGAAAUUCUCAGAAAUAUGAUGCGCGAUAAGAAAGUUACUUUUGUAAAUAUAUUUAUGAAUACAUAUAUCUCUGGCUUCCGGAAAAUUAAUCCUCCAAAUAUGAAAAUUAAUUUUUUCUAAAAUACAUACAUUUACUCCAAAAAAAAAAUAAAA